GGCCACCAUGGAGCUGGCGAUGGAGAACCUGGGCAGCCUGCACGGAGUCCCGCACUCGCAACCCGCCGAGCUGCUGAGCCCGGCGCACGGGCGGCAAGGCUCACACCGCAACCUGGUCCCGCACGGCCGGCCCGCCAUGGUAUCGGGCAUGGCCUCCAUCCUGGAGGGGGGAGAUUACCGCGCCGAGCACAGCCUGGCCGCCCCGCUGCACCCCGCCAUGAGCAUGUCCUGCGAGUCCCCCUCCGGCAUGAGCCUGAGCAGCACCUACACGACGCUGACCCCUCUGCAGCACCUGCCCCCCAUCUCCACCGUCUCGGAGAAGUUCCACCACCCUCACCACCACCACCAUCACCACCACCCGCACCAGCGCCUGGCCAGCAACGUGAGCGGCAGCUUCACCCUCAUGCGCGACGAGCGGAGCUUGCCUCCCAUGGGCAACCUCUACAGCCACUAUCCCAAGGACAUGCCGGCCAUGGGGCAGCCCCUCUCGCCCCUGCCCAACGGGCUGGGGAGCCUGCACAACGCCCAGCAGCCGCUGGCCCCCUACGGUCCCGGGGGCCACUUGCCCAACGAGAAGAUGCUCUCGCCAACGGCUUCGACUCUCACGCCGCGAUGUUUGUCCCGGGGAGAGGAGCACCUGGCGCGGGGGCUGGCGGCCCCCAGCUCGGCCAUGAUGCCGCCGCUCAACGGGAUGCACCCGCACGGGCACCGCACGCCCAACCCGGUGGGUUCCCUCCUGGGCGAACGGGAGCGUCAGGCCUCGGCCACCGGCUCCCAGCCCGGCGGCUCCGGGCAGGUUGAGGAGAUCAACACCAAGGAGGUGGCUCAGAGGAUCACGGCCGAGCUGAAGCGUUACAGCAUCCCGCAAGCCAUCUUCGCUCAGAGGAUCUUGUGCCGCUCCCAGGGGACCCUCUCGGACCUGCUGCGGAACCCCAAGCCCUGGAGUAAGCUCAAAUCGGGCCGGGAGACUUUCCGGAGGAUGUGGAAAUGGUUGCAGGAGCCGCAAUUUCAGAGGAUGUCGGCGCUCAGGCUGGCAGCUUGCAAACGCAAGGAGCAGGAGCAGCAGAAGGACAGGAGCCUGCAGCCCAAGAAGCAGAGGUUGGUGUUCACAGACCUCCAGCGCCGCACCCUGAUCGCCAUCUUCAAGGAGAACAAGCGCCCGUCCAAGGAGAUGCAGAUGACCAUCUCCCAGCAGCUGGGCCUGGAGCUCAACACUGUCAGCAACUUCUUCAUGAACGCCCGCCGGCGGUGUAUGAAUCGCUGGCAGGAGGAGCCAGGCACCACCCCUGGGGUCCCCUCUUCUUCUACAAGCACUUUCUCCAAAGCAUGAUGGCCCCCAGCCCCCCGCCCCUCGCCCUCCUCAUGACAAAGCCAACCCCAGACUCACACGCACACCCCAAGAUGAGGGGGUUGGGUGCUUUUGGGUGCUGCGGGUCCCUCAGCCCCCCAGACACUCACCCGGGUGUCACCCUCGGGCAGGGGGCUCGUGUCCUGUCCCACUGCCACGUCCUCCCAGCUCGUGGAACGGGGUUGGGGUGGGCACCCGGGUCAGCUCUGUCCCCCUGAGGACUUGGAGGAAAAGCCUGUGGAGCAAGGGAUGAGGUGGGAUGGAGGGAGAGGGCAAGAUGCUGCUGGGAAGCAUCCCUGGAAUCACAGAACCUUGUCCUAACCUGCCCACCAGGGGUGUUGGGGAAAGGGGCACCCUCUGUUCCUGCCCCCUCCCCAGCCUGGGACUCUGCCUCACGGGGAGGGUGGAAGGAGAGGGAGACUCAAGGAGUGGAGUUGUGGGGCUGGGUUCUGGCACAACCCCACCAAACCAAGGCCAAACCCCCCUGGUUCAAAGGGGGACAAACAGGGAAAACGCUCUCCCCCUGUGUCCUGGAAGGUGACUCUGAGCUCCUGACAGGUCUCUGGCUGCUGAACCCCUUGGGGAACCCCUCUGAGCAGGGCUCCCCAGGGCAGCCAGGGCCACCCCAGGGCCUUUUCCCCAAAGAUUUGGAAAACACGAUCCAGGACGAUCCUUUAGCCCCAGCCUUCUCCACAGGCAUCUUCCUCCAACCCCUCCACCCCUGCCCCUGCUUCCCAGACACCCCCAAGAGCACCCACACUCUCAAACCCUCCAGGCACCCCACAAGAGCACCCAUCCCAUCCCUGGAUCCUUCCUGGAGAAACUCCCCGGCAAAGGAGACGCCGUGGCACCCGAGC